AUGUCAUCCAAAAACAAAAGCGCUAGUGGUACUGGACAAAUUAAUGAAAAUAUGGUGGAAAUGAUGUCCAAUAAAUUAGCGACGAAAAUAACUGAGAAAAUUGAAAAUCAGUUAGAAAAAUUAGAUAAGUACUUUGAAAAAAUGGAACGCCAGAUUACUUAUGUUAUAGAGAAAUUAGCGACUGUGGGAAAAGUAGCAGAAACAAACAUAGAUAAAAUAAAAUUACUUAAUGAUAAAGUCGAAAAAUUAGAACAUAAAUUAAAAACAAAGCCUUUAAGAAUUAUUGGUUUAAAAGAGGAGCCAAACGAAAAUCUGCUAACAGAGGGAACAUCCAUGUAUAUAAAUGAAGGUCUUACCAAGGUAAUAUAUAAAUUGCCAGGCAGUGCAAGAGAAAAGUAUAACAGUUCAGGAAUGGGAGAAUUUUUGCUAGAAUUGGCAACGUCAAUUCAACAAGUCUGCGAAGAUGAAACUAAUGCAGAAAUGUGA